AUGGAGCCCUCCAACCUAGUACUGCUGGGACUGACGCUUUUCCUGUUACUAUUUCUGAUGGGACAAGCUGAUGUGAAUACCAGGGCGGGAGAGAAACGAUGGAGUGGGGAAGGCACUAACCCCUACUUGGAGAGUAUCUUCCUGGGCAGAUGCAAUGAGUACAUCUCCGUGGUGAACCCGGAAGUCGGUGAUAAAAACUGCUCAGCCAUAUGGGAAGCCUUUAGAUCUGUGCUCCACAAGGAUCCAUGCUCUGUAUUGCCUUCAGACUAUGACCUUUUUAUUAACCUGUCAAGACACUCCAUUCCCAGAGAUAAGUCAUUGUUUUGGGAAAAUAACUACAACCUCGUUAUUGCUUAUGCUGAUAACACCCGCCGGCUGAUGUCUUUAAGUGAUGUGCUAUACGGCAGAGUAGGAGAUGUUGUGAAUUGGUGUCGAGAAGAAAAUGGCUCAGAUUUUGAUUAUCAAUCUUGCCCUACAGUAGAAGACUGUGAGAACAAUGCUGUGGACUCCUUCUGGAAGAGAGCAUCCGUACAGUAUGCACAUGAUAGCUCAGGGGUGAUACAUGUUAUGUUGAAUGGUUCAGAGCCAUCUGGAGCCUAUCCAGUGGAGGGUUUUUUUGCAGAUUAUGAGAUCCCCAACUUCCAAAGAGAUAAAGUCACACAAUUUGAGAUCUGGGUCAUGCAUGAGAUUGGAGGACCAUAUUUAGAAUCCUGUGGGGAAGGCAGUAUGAAAAUACUGGAAAAGAGACUGAAAAACAUGGAGUUUAAAUAUGAAUGCAUUAAUGAUUACAGACCUGUGAAGCUCCUAAUGUGCCUGGACUAUACUGACCACCCUGACUGCAUCUUUAAUUCAGCAGCAGUCUCAACACAACAAAGAUUCCAAUCUCUUUUUGGAGGAAAAUGGAACCCGAGUCUUGUGUUUUUUCUUUUCUUGGCACUGGCUUCAGGAAUUCAACUUUAACUUCCUAAUGAAAAUAGAGAU